GUGUUGUUUGCAGUGGCUGAAGAACCUGAGCCGUCUGCUGAGCCAGAGGAGGAACGCCCAAAGCCCAGGCCAGUCGUUCCACAGUUGGCUCCUCCGAAAAUCCCCGAGGGGGAGAGAGUGGAUUUCGAUGACAUCCACCGCAAACGUAUGGAGAAGGAUCUCCUGGAGCUGCAGACCCUCAUUGAUGUACACUUUGAGCAGAGAAAGAAAGAAGAAGAGGAGCUCAUUGGUCUCAUGUCAAGAAUUGAACACCGCCGGGCUGAACGUGCCGAACAGCAGCGGGUUCGCACCGAGAAAGAACGGGAGCGGCAGGCCAAAGUCGCUGAAGAGAAGAUGAGGAAGGAGGAGGAAGAGGCUAAGAAAAGGGCCGAAGAUGACGCCAAGAAGAAGAAAGUGCUGUCCAAUAUGGGAGCUCAUUUUGGUGGAUACCUGGUGAAGGCAGAGCAAAAACGUGGCAAAAGGCAGACAGGCCGUGAAACGAAGACCCGGAUCUUAUCAGAAAGGAGGAAAUCACUGAACGUAGAGAACUUAGGUGAACAACAGCUGAGGGACAAGGCCAAAGAACUGCAUGACUGGAUCAAUCAACUAGAAUCGGAGAAAUUUGACUUGAUGCAAAAACUCCAGUGUCAAAAGUAUGAGAUCAACGUUCUUUACAACCGUAUAAGCCACGCUCAGAAAUUCAAAAAAGGUGCUGGAAAGGCACGACUUGGUGGUCGCUGGAAGUGAAAGAGAAGACACCGCUGCCCAGCCCAAUCUGGA